AUGAACAACAACUUCAUUGAACCUUCGACAUUCCUCACUUCCUCACCAGUAGCAACGCUAACCAAAGUCAACACAAGUCGCAAACGCUCGAGUCCGUCGAUUCACUCAACCGACAAGAAAAAGUCACGCAAAAGUCGUCGCAUCCACGACUUCCCACCCGAGACCUUGGCACCAUAUUACCACAUGCCACAAAGUCAAGCGGCAAAGGCGCUCAAUGUCGCUGUCAUCACCAUCAAGCGCAAUUGCAAACGCUACGGCUUCCGAUGGCCCUAUCGAGCUAAUAAAUACAAAGCCGGCAAGAAAUUCGUGCUGUCUGAAAAGGGACGUGCGUUCCACGAGCUGCCGUUCGAGUGUCUAAAACAAGAACCUCAGUUUGAACCACUGACAAAGACGUCAGAGGAAAGUACCAGUGAGUGUGACACCGACACGGAAAGUAUCGAUAACGGUGAACAGGUGAAGAAGGAUUAUUGCAAAAUUCAGAAUCUAUUACACAAAACCCCGAUCGAUUCUGACAUAGUGGGGAAGACUAUGAUACAAGUUUAA